AUGAGCUGCCAAACAUGUUCAGGCUGUUUCACAGGCAAAGGCUGCAGUACUCAUUCCUCUCGAUCAAAGCAAUCGCAAGAGCAAGAAACACACUACUUUGAUUCUCUACUUGAAUUGGCAGCAUCGACGGACCAGCAUGGCGAGAAGCACCAGCACAGUAAUCACGACCACGUUAUCCCAACGAUCGUCAGUGUCUUAUCCAACAAUGUGUAUGCAUCGCAGGUGGCGUUGCUUGGAGCAUACCAGCAGCUAUCCUUUAACGACUUUUUGGAGCUUGUACGGAGGUGUCAUGAACGUCAUAUCAAUGGCAUGUUGAUUGCUUGGUGUUGGCAGUAUUGCAAGGAAGAUGGCAACGAGUGGCUCAAGCAGAUGCGUGGCAGUGAUGAUGCUACAGCCCUUUGGGAUCACCUUGACGGUCAAGCUGAAGUACAUGAGGUAUUCAAUGGAUUGGAAGAAGGAUCAGCAGGACGUGUCAAACGAUGA